AUGGCCUCAGCAACGAACGGUGGUUUCCCGGCCAACUUCAUCUUAACCCCGCAGCAACAAAGCUUGCUCUUCGCUGCCCUCAACUCGAACAAGCAGCAGCUGGCGAACCAGUCUCCUACUAUCAAGGACACUUCCAUGUCGCCCUCCUCUUAUCAGACGUCGCCGGCUCAGGGUGCGGCUCAUGGCUUUCAAGAAAGCCCUUACCUUGAUAACUACGACUACGAUUUUGGCGACUCCAGCUUCGAUUUCGAUGUUAGUACCGUCGGCCAGGCCAAAAUGAUUGGCGACAUCCCUGGUGGCGCUCAGUCAGCUCAGUCGACCAAGUCGGACUCGACCGAGAACGAUGGUAUGGAUAAGAGAGCCCAUCCCGACGACGAGGAAGAUGAAGACUCUCCUGGGAAUGACGCCAAGAGGCGUGAGGGUGGCGACAAAGUCCCGAAGAAGCCGGGACGUAAGCCCCUUACCUCGGAACCGAGCUCGAAGCGCAAGGCCCAAAACCGCGCUGCCCAGCGGGCAUUCCGCGAGCGCAAGGAGAAGCACCUGAAGGAUCUCGAGACGAAGGUGGAGGAACUGGAGAAAGCGUCAAAGGAAGCCAGCAGCGAGAACAGCCAGCUACGUUCCCAAAUCGACCGGAUGACGGCGGAGCUCAACGAGUACAAGACCAAGAUGGCAGCCAUGAGCACUCGCUCCGCGUCUCACAGCAAGUCGUCUAUGGGCUUUGGGGCCUCUGCUAUUGGCAACCUGAGCGACGUCAACUUCCAGUUUGAAUUCCCCAAGUUCGGCGUCCUGCCAGGAUCCCAGAUGCCCAACAAGCCCGUACAGGGAGCGAGGUCUUCUUCAUCGCCUCAGAUUGUUAACGGCAGCAACCCCGUCAGCCCCCUCAACAAGGACAACAGCCCAGGCGUUAUCGCCGGGCUCGACUUUGGCACCAAGGACGACCUGGUCAACUUCACAUCUCUUUUCAGUCCAUCACUCGCCAAUGCCUCGACAGGCACGGGUACAUCUCGCGCCAGUGUUGACUCGGGCUCAUAUGGGAUGAACAACGGCACGUCGACCAGCUCACCAUCUGCAUCGUCUCAGUCAAAUGGAGGUCCGAGCUCAUCUUGCGGAACUUCCCCUGAGCCCUUUACUCAGUCGCCCAUGGGUUUCAAACCUGUCGACACCAUGACGACAAUCGGUGAAGAGUCUGCCAAUCAGCAAUCGUUGUUCGCCAGUAUCGACACCAACAACUUCGACUGGCUCGCGCAACAGAAUGGCGGACAGUUCGAUCCUCAGCUAUUUGGCGGAUACCGCGAACCGCAAGAAAACAUUCUUGCCGGCACCACCUUCGACGACAGUUUCUUCAACGACGCGCUCGAUGCCGACUUCAUCACGCCGUAUAACAUGGCCCCUAGCCCUGCUGUGCCCAAGAAGAACCUCAUAGACCAAAUUGAUGCCGCCAAGAACGCAGACGAUGAUGUAGUUAAGGAGGCCGUCAAGGCUGAGAACUACAACUGCAAUAAGAUAUGGUAUGGCCCAGCCCAACCAGAUGUUAUUGCUUCAGUUACUCACCGCUUUAACAGGGAGAAGCUCCAGAACUGCCCCAGUGUGCAGGCCGGCGAGUUCGAUCUCGAUGGCUUGUGCACCGAACUGCAGAAGAAGGCGAAGUGCUCCGGCCAGGGUCCGGUUGUCUCCGAGACAGACUUCCAAACGGUUGUCAACAAGUGGAUGGGCAAGGACGCGGCUGCCUGCUUCGCAAGCCAGGACAACAACAAGACGAAAGCCUAA